AUGUUUUCUACUGAGGCUAGCAAAUCAAUACUUUUAAACCCUAGAAAUCCCCAUGCAGAUGUUUGCAAAAAUCUUAAACUGAAUAUUGAUGAUUCGAGUAAUGGAAAGUACUACUUGUGUCCCAAGUGCUCUAAGAGGAGUCAUUAUCCUAACGCGAGGUGCUGCCGUGGCAUAGUUAAUAUUGAAAAGUUUAAGGAGUUUCGGUAUGCAGAUGGUUUCAUUAAAAGCGGGAUGAUGUUUGUGAUUACAGAUGAUUUGCGGGUUCUACCUGCGUCCCCGAGCUCUCUUCUCCAGUUGCUUCAAGACUUGGGAUUUGUUGACAUUAGUCGGAUCGAGUAUAUAUCUAUCGAUGUUGGUUUAGAGGAGUCUACAAACAAGAUAUUAGGUUUAGAAGUUGGAGAAGACUUUCUUGACUUCCUUUUUAGCUUCUGCACGAUCCCUCUUGGAUCUGUGAUAAAGCUUUUGGAUGGGAAAUCUGAAUUGGGGUGCAUAGAUAACCUUUACAAAUCAGUUGAGUCUUUGGACUCCCAUUGUUUUGAUAUACCGAAGGACGAAGUCAUAAAUGGUGGUGUUGCAAAGCAGUACAAGUGCAAUAUUCAGCCAUUGCGAAUUCUUGAAUCAAAUAUGGAUGAUUUCUUGCUCGAUCCAAGGAACCCAUCUGGCAAUGGAGACUUGUUUGGGCUACCAUUUUUCAUUGUCCUCUUAAAGCCAGCAGGUGCAAAUUCCAUAGAAGAAGCACUGCCGAGGGUUUUGAAGAGAGGCUUAAAGGAAGAGGGGUUGUUUAUGGUGGCUGGGUACAACAUACUCAGUUUCUCGGCCACCCUUCUGUUGGGUGUUUGGUCGCCGGAGGAAGAAAUUUUUUUUGAUUCUCUGUUCAACUCACCCGGUUCGGAAAGAGGAAAGCCUUAA